GAGAAGGUUUCAGAAGCUAAUCGCAGGGGAAAAAGAAAGAACAAACAUUUAUAUCUCGAGUAUUGAGUUUCGGAAGCGCUUACGACGAUCAAAUUCACGUUUAUUCCUAAUGCAGCAUUGUCCUUGAACUUCAGGUAAAAAAUAGCAUAACAUUUUCAUGGUACAAGGAUGUCCAGUCCAGCUUCAAAAGCCACUUGGACACCUGGGUUCCAUAGAGUAUUUGUUGAUUUAUGCCUUGGAGAAAUGCUGAAGAAUGAGCCCGGGUCAACACGAAUUACCAAGGCAGGUUGGAGGAACAUUGUUGGAUCCUUUUAUGCGAAGACUGGUGUGAGAUAUGACAAGAAGCAGUUUAAGAAUCACUAUGAUUCUACCAGAAAACUAUGGAAAGUCUGGGUCAAGUUGACUGAAGAUAGCAACAUGAAGUGGGAUCCAGAAACGGGGGCAUUUGGUGCUUCCGAGGAAGACUGGCAAAAUUAUGUAAAGGCAAUUCCAGAAGCUGCCCAGUUUCAGUCUAAGGAAAUCCAGUUUAAAGACAAACUGGAUAUCAUCUUUGAUGGAGGGAAUCGAAUUGAGGAAGUGAAAAGGUGGGCCAAUCUCAAGUGGCAGAAUGAUUCUUCAACUACAUCUCCCUUGUGUGGAAGAGAGCGAGAGAAGAAACGCAAGAAUUUUGAUAGGGAUUGUGAAUUAGAUAGUACCAUUGUGGUUGACUAUUCGCCAACACCAAAAGCUUCUUGGUCACCUGCAUACCAUAAAAUGUUUGUUGACUUAUGCAUCGAAGAAACAUUGAAGGGGAACAAGUCUGCGACGCAUUUUACCAAGGAGGGCUGGAGGAAUAUUGUUGGAUCCUUUAAUGCAAAGACUGGUAUGAGAUAUGACAAAAAACAAAUUAAGAAUCACUAUGAUUCAACCCGGAAACUAUGGAAAAUCUGGGCUAAGUUGACUGGUGAUGACAACAUGAAAUGGGACCCCCAAACCAAUACUUUUGGUGCUUCUGAGGAAGACUGGCACAAUUGUAUAAAGGCAUUCCCAGAAGCUGCACAAUUUCGGUUUAAGGAACUCCAGUUUUCUGACAAAUUAAACGUCAUCUUUGAUGGAGCUAUGCCAACUGAGGAAAUGAUAACAAGGCUUAAGAGGCAGAAUGAUGCUUCAGCUACAUUGCGUGGAAAAGAGCGUGAGAAGAAACGCAGGAAUGUUGGUCGGGAUUGUGGAUUAAAGAGUGCCAUUAUGGUUAAUGCCAUCCCAAUCAGUACAAUUCCAAGUGAGCAGAGCAUGUCCAGUUCAUCAUAUACCAAGGUCAAAGCCACGUGGACUCCUACACUGCACAAGAUCUUUGUUGAUCUAUGUAUGCAAGAGACAUUAAAGGGGAAUAAGCCUGGGACACAUUUUACAAAGGAAGGUUGGAAGAACAUUAUGGAAUCAUUUUAUGCAAAAACUGGUGUGAAUUAUGGUAGACUACAACUUAAGAAUCACUGGGAUUCUACCAAGGAACAAUGGAGAACCUGGUGUAAGCUUAUUGGCACCAGUUACAUGAAAUGGGAUCCAUCUGACCAGAAGUUUGAGGCUAGUGAAGAAGAUUGGACCAACUAUUUACAGGAAAACCCAGAAGCUGCACAAUUUCGCUAUAAGGAACUAAAAUUCACUGACCAAUUGGAAACCAUCUUUAAUGGAACUACUGUUACUGGAGAGACUGAACCUGCUGUGCAACAAAGGAAAAGUGACGAUAGUGUUGUUACUUUCCCUUUACACAUAAAAGAGCCUGAUACAGACAACUUCGACGAGAAAGCUGAAUGUCAUUGUGAUGUUGUUGCGUCAAGAAAUGGUGUGAGUAUUCAGAAGAAUGCUAGUGCAGUUUCAUCAACUGAAGGUAAACGCAAUUAUAGUAUCGGUGAAUGCAUUGAAUGCCUUGAUAGAAUGGAAGAAAUAGAGCAAGGAAGUGAUCUCUACAUGUUUGCUUUAGAUGUAUUCCUUAAGCAGGAAUAUAGGGAAAUUUUUCUGCAGUUGAAAACGCCUAAUCUGAGGAUCUCGUGGUUGCAGCGGCUUCAGUCUUGUGGUCCACCUCCAGUCUAGGGUUUUGUCAUACUUGCAUAGUUUUUUUUUUAGUUUGUAGUUCUUCAUAGAAUGUGGUGUGCUUAGGCAAUGGUCUGUUCCUUACAAUAUGACGAUGAUAUAACUUUUCAGGGGGUGAUUUCCCAAACGUGACUGCACUUGGAAGCUUAAAAAUGUAUAUCAAUAACUAUUGACGCAUUAAUGUAAUGGCUGAUAAAUAGAAGAGGAAUCUCUUAAUAUUAUUUUGACGUUA